CCUGGGAUCAGUGCCGGCUCGAGCCUUAGGCGACCGAGGCGGUCGCCUAAGGCCCCCGGCCCAGGGAAGGCCCCCACGGGCCACCACCCACUUGUUUUUUUUUUUUUAUUCCAGCUCAGGGCUAUUGCGGAGGGGACUGGCUAUGCCUAUGGCUAUGGGCUAUCAGCUAUAGAGGGAGUGGCCGAGUGGCGGAGUGGGCAGCGGGUUUGGGCGGCGGCGACGCGACGUAAAACGGUGAAAGGCUGAGGCCGACUGCGGCGACUGGCGACGGGCGACGGGCGAUGGCGUGGUCGGUGGUCGAGCGGUCGAGUCGUCGACACUCGACAAGCAACGGGCAAGUGGGCAACGGCUUUUUCCUCCCCGGUUCCCCCCUUCUCUCCGACAAUCCGACUCUCCCCUUCUCUGCCUUUUUAAUGCCGGAACCUUCUCCGGUUCUCGGCACUCGGUCUCGGCACUCGGCAGGGCAGAUCGGCUAUUCGGCUUGCAAAACCCUCUCUAGCUCUCUGCUCUCCUCGCCGACGUCCGGUCCACUGUGCGUCCGUGCAGAGUCCCGUGACUUCCGUCCUCUCCUCGGCAUCCAGCGUCCUCGCCGACUCCGAGUCGCCGUCCUCGGCAGUCAGCUCCUCCGACAUCCGACUCCGCGGCGACCGAGGGCCGAGGCGGUGAGGCCUCAGUCCCAUCCUCUUCUCGCCGACGUCGCCGACUCGCCGUCCUCGGCCUCCCGUGAGGCUGUGACCGGCGCCGGCGGUGGCCCCGUCCUCUCCUCAGACCUCAGCUCCUCCGCCGCUCCGGCCGGCGGCCUCCUCGUCCUCGAGGUUCCCGGUUCCCAAAUCCCAAGUCCCGACGGCCGACGGACCCGACACCCGACCUCCUCCCACUCCCAGGCUCCCAGUCCCACGGUCCCACCGGCACCGGGCCACCUCCCGAGGUUCGGCUGUUCCCAAAUCCCAGUUCCCACUGUGGCACUGUGCCACUGUCUACAGUCCACUGAUCCCGAUUCUCCAAUCCCACUGAGAUUGGUUGUGACUUCACUACUUCAGCGGUUCGGCACUAUUCGGCCUCUUCUCGCUGUCGAGUUCGGAACUAUUCCACCUCUUCUCGACACAAUUAAGUUCGGCACUGCUUGUCGGGACCCGAGUUUAUUUUUCUUGACACAAUUAAGUUUUAUCAUUUUUAACUUUUUAUAUUUUGAUUUGUUUGUGGUGGUUUUUUAAUUG